AUGUAUUUGCAGCUUGAGUCAACGCGCAAGAUCGUCAAAGCCUUGACGAAAUUGAUGCGAAAUUUAUCAAAAGCUUUGGAGACAGCUGAUGAUGAUGAUGAUGUAGAAGAAGAGGAGGAGCUUGAUACUUCGUUGUUGGAUGAAACGAAAGAGUUUCAAAUUACUGAAGAUUGGGUAAUCGACAAAGACGUAUUCAUAAAAGCUGCGUCGGCUGAAACCAUGCCUAAAAGAAUAUCCGUAUUGAUGUCAGUCCUAUGGAGCGAGGAAGAGCGGAUGAAGCUCGUUGUGAAAAGCAGAAAAAGUGGAUACGCCGAAGAUGGAGCACGAGAAAUAUGUACAGAGGAAUUGGAGAAGUUGAGAUGUGCGUGCAUGCGGCUGCAAUCCACCAAGAAACUACCGGUAAAAGAAUUAGACAGCAUGGAAAGCAUGAAAGCAGUGGUAUCGAAAAAAUUGAAGCACGACCGGUACAACCGUUAUCGUAGAAACGCAAAUGUUUCGGAAAAGCGUCGUGGUAUUAAAUCAGCUGCGAACAGAAAUAGUAAUAACGACGACGAAGACGAUGACGCACCUACCGUCACCGAUAACGACGACGAGGACGAUGACGCCUCCACCGUCAUCACUAACGACGACCAGGACGAGGACGAGGACGAUGAUGCCUAUAAUACCGGUCACCGUAAAAGUAACGCCGCCAGCGAAUACGAUGACAGCGACGAUCAAAAAAGCGAAGAUUGAUUUGUUCUUUAAUUUAUUACGCUUAACAUUUAAUUCGUAUUUAAAUAGAUAUUUAUCUUGAAUACAAAAAUGACUGUGAUGCGGAAAUAAAAUUUGAGAUAUACUAAUAUACCGGUAUAUCUAUGAAGCCAUUUUGUAUUUCCAAUAUGAUUGGAACUCAUAAAAAUGUUAUGUGCAAAAGUUAAAAUGUGUUUUUGUAAAGCACUUGAGCAAAAUAAAGUGCAAUGUAUGAAACGCUAGCCAAAACGAUAAGCGUAAUGAAUA